AUGACUGAGUUGAAAUACCUUUUCUUGAUGGAAUGCGGAAGGCUUAGAUCAUUACCACAACUUCCACCAAAAUUAACAAAAUUAGAUGCCAACAAUUGUGUAUCAUUGGCAAGGAUAUCGAGGCCUUCAGAUGCCCUUGUGCUGGAAGGAAAGAUAUUUGGAUUUCACUUCACUAAUUGCUUCUCAUUGAAUAAGAAAGCACGCAGAGUCAUCGUGGUAUAUGCCCUAUUGAAGUUCCACUACUAUGCAAAAAGUCUAAGCGAUAAGUUUUCUAUUGUACCGCCAGGCACUUCCACUGUUUACUUCCCUGGGGAGGAAGUUCCACGCUUGUUUCAUCAUCAAACAUGGGGAUCUUCAGUGGCGAUCCAGUUACCUUUGCACUUGGGUGAUAGCACGUUCUUGGGUUUUGCUCUAUGUGCUGUUGUUACAUUUGACGACUACUUGGACGAAUGUGGUUUCCAAGUUAAAUGCGAGUAUCAUUUCAAGAAUAAGUAUGGUGAUUGCCAUAAUCUUUUCUGUUAUGUUGAAGGUUGGUAUCAUGAGAAGCAUAGAAGACUUCUGGGGUCGAAUCAUGUAUUCCUGGGGUAUGAUCCUUGUUUUGAUGCUGCUAAAGACAAUUUGUUCAGUAAAUACUGUUGCAAUGAGGCCACAAUCAAAUUCUUCCCUGAAGAUAUGGACAAUAACCCUUUACAUUGUUGCAAGGUGAUCAAAUGCGGGGUCCAUCUAGUAUAUGCUGCGGAUGAAAACUCCUACCCUUCCAGGGUUGUCCAACCAAGCUUUCUUUACUGGACUUCUUCGGCGCCACCCGCGUAUGUAAUUGAAACUUUGUUACAAGCCAUUGGGCUUGUGGUAGUAUUGGAUUGUUCGGCCUUUACAAUGGUUGACCUCAGUCUUUAUUUAUAUGAACCCCUCGAGAAGGAUCAGAAUUCGGAGGUUCGUAAUGGUCUAUUUCCAAUUGCUUUCUCGUCUACGUUCUUGGUGAUGGAAGAAAAACAAUAA